GCGGCGGGGCGAGCAGCGGAAGAGGCGGGGGCUGUGCGAGCAGCGGCGGCUGGAAGUGCUGGAAUGACGUCCUUGGUUGACGUACCCCUGGAUUAUGAGAAGAUGUUUGCUCAUCGGUUCACGUCAGAUGAUAAAGAGUACCAGGAGUACCUGAAACGCCCUGCAGAUCCCCCUCCCAUAGUUGAAGAAUGGAGAAACAGAUCUGGUGGCAAUCAGAGAAACAGAGAUCGGUUUCAAGAUGGCAGGUACUUCAGAGGGGACAGAUACAACUGGCAAGGUGACCACAGAUCUAAUCAGAGGCCAGACAGAGGUUGGGGUAACAACUACCAGCAGCACAGACAAGGACAAUCCUACUAUGGACAGUAUGGCUACAACUCCUACAACCCAGGGCCUCGUUACCAUCCUUACUGAUGGUACUGUGGUUACAAAGCCCAGUAAUGCUAUGUAAUAAGUUAGACUUUGGAUUUCAUUUGUCAUCAGUUUCCUUUUUUUUUGGUGGUUUAGAGAUACCUAAAGAAUCUAUGUUGAAGUCCAUUGUUGUUUAUUUGUAGUGUGAAUUAAACAAGAGAAUACCUUUUAUGAAUAAUAAAAGUCCAUUGUAUGGUUUGUUUAGUCUGUAGAAAUGUAAUGUAAGAUCCAUCUCAUAUUCUUUUAUCUCCAUCACUGAGAUCUUCUCUGGUACAUUCUGUAAAACAUAACAGGUCUGGGGAAGGUUGCUGUGGCUUGUUUGCAGCCUGUUAACAUUGGUUUAAGAUAAAUGUUUGUAAAAGUGACAGACUGUGGCUUUCUCCAGAGAGCAUUUCUUAGUUUGGUUUUUGAUAGUGAGAUAAGCUUAGUUUGAAUUUCUGAUGCCUUAAAGAGAAGAAAUGUGAUAUUACAGAAGCAUUUUAUGGGGUUGGAAUUUAUGGAAACUCAAAAUAGGAACUUCUUUGGUGUUUGAUAGAGGUAUGAUAUCUCCAUAUUUGGUUUGUUGUCAAUUGCAGGAGAAAUAAGAACUCCCAUAUUAUAUAAACUCCUGUCCGUUGAGCCAAUGGCUUAAAUCUUUGUGCAGCAUUCCUUCUGAAACAUGGUCUAAAAAUUAGUGUAAGAAAUAAGUAGUUUAAAUAUUUAAUCUUCUUACUCUAGAGCUCAGUGGUAUGCUACUUUAACCUUAGAUGUGGAACCAGACUUAGAUUAAUUUGUAUCAUCUUAAAUUUGCUAUAUGCAUAACAUAUUCUGGAUUUCCAUUUCAGUGAAGCUGUAAAACUGUGAUGUCUACUGUAAUCAGUUUGUAUGAAAUACUGUGUGGCUGUUAUACAAGAAAGGAACGAUAAUCAAUACUGUUCUUUGUUUCAUGAGAAAAUAGCAUAAGCAGUGAAGAGUGGGGUAUUUUGGGUUUUUUUUUUGGUUUGUGGAAUUUCAAUACUGUUAAUUAUUCACACAAUAAAGGUAUUUCAAGUUUAA